AUGCCUAGGCCAAUCAUUAGUGAUGGGGGAACCCAUUUUUGCAACAAGGAAUUUGGCGCUUUACUUAAGAAAUAUGGAUUAACUAAUAGAGUUGCAACUCCCUAUCAUCCACAAAUGUCAAGACAGGUGGAAGUUAGUAAUAGGCAAAUUAAGUCAGUCAUUGAGAAAUCAAUACAGACAUCUAGAAAAGAUUCGAUUGUACACUUAAACAAUGCCCUUUGGGCAUAUCACAUGACUUAUAAGUCACCAAUUGGAAGGGAUUCUUAUAGACUAGUUUAUGGCAAAGCUUGCCAUUUGCCAGUUGAAUUAGAACAUAAAGCUUAUUGGGCUAUUAAAGAGCUUAAUAUGGACUUAACCAAGGCAGAUGAAGAGCGCCUAUUGCACUUGAAUGAGCUUAAAGAAAUGCAUAGUAGGACAUAUGAAAAUGCCAAACUAUACAAAGAAAGGACCAAGAGAUAA